AUGCUUGCCAAUAUUGCCUCUCGUGCACCAGCUCCCAGUCCGCCACGUUGUCGCUCCAUGACUCACAUCUCAAUGUCUCCAACUCCUGAGCCAUCGAUCCCAGCAAUUCCUUCCACCCCUCCUUCACCAUUGGCUCUCGUCGCCUCAGAGGAAGUACAGGUUUCCCGCCCGGCUGCCGCCGAUUAUUUUUCUGACGACAACUCUGUCUCCAGCCUGGACUCUGAUCUCGUUGCUGCUCUCCACAAUGACACCCAACAACGACGCCUCCAACACUCCCAGCCAAAUAAUCGCACCAUGUCGCCCGCAUCCAUAGACUCACGGAUUCAACAAUGGCUCGACUACUCCAGACAGCCUGAUGCUCCUUCUGCGCAUGUCCCCACUGCUCUUGUUCCCGCCGCUGGCACUACCGUUUUGGCUACUUCUCUACCCACACCUAUGAAUUGCUCCACUGCUGAGACUCACGAUGUUACUACUGAGCACAUCCCCUCGAUUGCACCCUCGCCCGCUGAUGAACUCAUGUCCUCUCCGAUAGCUGCCCCCACUACCUUUUUACCGUCUCAUGCAGCUCCUUCGACUCUGAUGCACCUUCGAUACAGCCAUGGCGGCCCCACAAUCCCGGGAUUUACCCUCCUACAGUGGCUGAAAAAAUUGUCCAAACCUAUGCCAGUUUUUUAA